GAAAGCCCUUUGAUAUCGCUAUAAUUAUGAAUGCUGCAGUUGCCAAUAUCAUUGUGUCAAUAUUACUUGGAGAACGGUUUGACUACAAAAAUCCCACAUUCUUAAGACUACUAAGUUUGAUGAGUGAAAACAUCAGGCUGGCUGGAAGUCCAUCAGUUACGCUAUAUAACAUGUUCCCAGCCCUUGGAUUUCUACUCAGGAAUUACAAGAUUCUUUUGCAAAACACAAGUGAAUUUCACUCUUUUAUACAGCGUACUUUCAUAGAACACCUGAAAGAACUGGACCAAAAUGAUCAGAGAAGUUUUAUUGAUGCAUUCCUUGUAAGACAGCAGGAGGAGAAAAGUAAUCCCAAUGGAUAUUUCCAUAAUGCCAACUUAAAAAGCCUUGUGCAAAACUUGUUUGCUGCUGGCAUGGAGACCACUUCCACCACGCUGCGCUGGGGACUUCUGCUAAUGAUGAAAUACCCCCAAAUUCAGAGCAAAGUCCAAGAAGAGAUCGCAAGAGUUAUAGGAUCAGCCCAGCCACGAAUCGAACAUCGAACUCAAAUGCCGUAUACGGAUGCAGUUGUCCAUGAAAUUCAGAGGUUCGCUAAUAUCCUGCCCAUGGACUUGCCUCAUGAAACUACUGAGGAUGUUACUCUUAAAGGCUACUUUAUUCCAAAGGGAACUUACAUCAUCCCCUUACUGGCCUCUGUACUGCAGGAUGAAUCUCAGUGGAAGAAACCAGAUACAUUCAGUCCUGAGCAUUUUCUUGACUCCAAAGGAAAGUUUGUAAAGCAAGAGGCUUUCAUGCCUUUUUCAGCAGGUACUUUCUAUUUUCAUUUACUGCUGUGGGGAUUAGAUAGCCAAGAAUCAACAGACUAUAACAUAAACUUGUGAGUCUUUAAAUCUCAU